ACCGGCGUUUCAUAAGGGAUUACAAUCAGUCGCGUUUCACAAACAAAACAGAGAAGACUGUUUAACUGUCACAUUGAUUAGAGAAGAGUCUCAGCAGUAGAGAGGAAUCUCUGAUGUAUUAUUUUGAAUGAAGAAACACAUCCUCGACACACAAUGAAGAGACUGUACUUCAUUGAGCCGAUCGUCGCGAUUUACGCGUUUGCCAGUUUUAUGGUUUAUCCCCUCGUGCAGCAGUACGUGUAUCGCAGAUUGUGGCUGGAGAUCACAAACUCUUCUUACCCUGUGUCCGACAACACUUCCCAAUGCGCCACCAACAGCACCAGCCACAGCAGACAGCAAGAUGAGGUGCAGAAAGCAGCUUCUCUGUUCUCCAUGUACAGUGAUUUAUCUUCCAUGAUCCCCAGUCUCAUAGUGACCCUCCUCCUGGUGGCCUACAGUGAUCAGCGCGGCCGAAAGAUCACUAUUAUUAUGCCCCUCAUUGGGUCUCUGAUCUACACACUUUCAUUCCUGGCGGUCUCCUUCUUCGAGCUCAACCUCUACCUCCUCAUUGCUGCCAACUUCGUAAGUGCCCUCUUUGGGGGUAUCGGCACCAUGCUAGGCGGCUGCUUCUCCUAUGUGGCCGAUUUGUGCGAGGACAGCAAGCAGAAAACUCUUCGCAUGGCUGUGGUGGACAUGAUGAUCGGCUUGUUGGCUGGUGUGGCGUCAAUCACCACUGGCUACUUCCUGCAUGCAGUCGGGUUCAACUGGCCUUUCUUCACGUCUGCCAUAUUUCAGGCAGUUAACUUGCUAUAUGCCAUCUUCAUUCUGGAAGAAACCAGGGUGAUUGAUCCGUCAGAGACUGUGGCUUGUUGUCGGGCCAUGCAGAAACUUGUAUGUGGUAUCUACAACUUGUUUGCAGGAGGCAGGAGUCAAAGAAAAUGCAUUCUUGUGCUGCUGAUUGUCACUUUCUCCUCCUUAUCUUUUGUCAAUACGGGGGGUCUGUCCAUGAUCACACUUUACGAACUCAAUGAGCCGCUGUGCUGGAGUGAGAUCCUCGUCGGCUAUGGUGCCGCGGCCAGCACCUCCAUCUUUAUCACUAGUUUUGUCGGUGUGUAUUUGUUCUCCCUCUGUCUGCGGAACACUGCCAUCGCCUUCAUCGGGAUGCUGUCAGUCGCUAUAAGCAUGUUCAUGACAGCCUUCGCAAAGACCACGCUCAAUAUGUUCCUCGUAAGAAUUCCUGCUAUGUUUGCCAUCAUGCCGUUCCCUGUCCUGCGUUCGAUGAUGUCAAAGGUCGUCUCAAAGUCUGAGCAGGGAGCACUCUUUGCCUGUGUGGCCUUUAUGGAAAAUCUGAGUACCAACGGGUCCUCUGCAGUUUUUAGCAGAAUCUAUGCGGCCACGGUGGUUUGGUGUCCUGGCUUUGUCUUUCUGCUGGGUGCUGGACUCUCAAUCAUUCCCAUAAGUCUGUUAGGCAUCCUUAGGUGUUUCCAUUCAUUGGAUUCUAAUGACACUCAAGCACUCUUAUCAGAGGAUGGGACUGAAGCCUCACAUGACCCACCUGUGACUUAAAAUCAAUGGGAGUUUGGAUACCUCAUGGUUCCCCUGUGUGGUUCUUUACAUUGCAUUGUAUCAGCACAUGUGGGUAAUCUGUUCAAGCCUGUGUGUAUUUUUAGUAUUUUGAGUUGCUGCUAUGAAAUAUGCAUUUUUGCUUAAAUGUAGAAUAUCCAGUAUUAUGGUGAUUUUCGAAGGGUACAAAACUUUAUAUUUCUAAAGGGAAAUUUUGUGAAAGAGGAAGUAUUUUUUAAAAAAUAAUAGUAAGAAUUUAAUCAAAAACUAAAUUUAUACACUCACCUAAAGGAUUAUUAAGAACACCAUACUAAUACUGUG